AUGCAGCAAGCCAAGGUGAAGGUGAAGGAUGGCUCGAGCGCGCUGAGGGCCAAGGCGAAGAUAGCGUGGGCCAAGCUGGCGGAGAAGGUGGAGGCUGCGACGUCGAGGUCGCACGACGAGCGGAAGCUGGCGCACGAGCGCGGCAGGGCCAAGGUCGCCGCGGCCGAGGCGCAGCUGCACCGGGAGAAGGUCGCGCACCGCGAGGCCGCCAUGGAGCACCGCCUCCACAAGCACGCCGGCGUCGGCGGCCACAACCACAAGCACGACGCCGGUGGUGUGCACUGA